AUGGAGACUCUGGUCAUCUCGGAGCGGCGCAGCCACCAGCUCCACCACUCCUCAGGUCGCCGGAAGAAGGCGUCAUCAGCGUCGCCCCAUUUCUCGUCGCCUCAGUCCACACGCGGCUACCAUGCCGGCAACUGCCGGGCCUUCCACUCUGGCAUCACCAUCGGCAUCCUGCCAUCUCCGUGUGCGCAGGGGGUUGCACGGACCCGCUCCUCCCCUGUGCCCAAGACACCGAAACAGCAGCAGCUUCACCAUGGGAAAAAGCGCAGCCGAGCAAUCUCUAUAAGCCCUUCGACGUCCCCUCCCUCUCGCCCUGAGCUCUGGGCUGGCCCGGGGUUCUGCAAUUCGCCGCCUCCCAGCUCCCUCCCAAUACCCAAGUUCUCCCUCCACCAGAAGCGCAGUGUCUCACUUGAGUUUCCACCUGCUGACCGGUCAGACGACGAAGAGGUGCCUGUGCAUGCCAAAUCAGCACCUUCAUCGCCGACUGCAGGCUCAGGUGUUACCUUCUUUAGUGGUACUGAUGCUACCAUUGCAACAGAGAAUCUGAGGAGGAUCCUUCACCUGAAAAUUGAGGAUAACUGA